AUGACUUUAUUGACGAUCGCUUCUGAAGAACCGCACCCGCUUUUGGCUCAAAUACCCUUGACGGUGUCCCCCUUUAUAUCCUUGCCUACAGCCACGACACUUCCGUAUACAUAUAAAUCUGUGCCGUCCACACUCCCGCCCUCAGCCACAGUUGACCCCAGCGGCCUAGAGAAGGCUCGCUAUGUCAUUUCUCCGGGGAGAGGCCAUACCGCCCACCCUAGUGAUGUCCUCGCAUCAUGCGAAGCCCUAGAAAAACACAUGAAAAAGAUUCGAGAAGAUAGUCUUGCCGCAAUCAAGGAUUGGGAAGAGUCAAUAAAACAGCGCGACUUGGCAGAAAAGAGGAGAAUUGCGCCCGGCUGGCUGGACCGUGAGGAAAAACUUCUGCAACCAGUGAAAGUCUCCCGAGUUAUAUCUGAAGCCGAUGCUCCAUCCCAGACGAGCCAACAGCUAUCUACCGAGAAAAAUACAGAAACUAGCCCAGAUACAAUUUCAACAAGUGAAAGGGAAGAGUUAAAUCGUGCAUUCGGCAGUCUCAAAUGA